AUGGGGUCGACGUACCCUCCUCCCUCAGACAUGUCGCAGCAGUUACCUCUUCCAGGCGGCUCGUACCCGCCGCCAGGUUCAACUGCUGCCUCAAGCCACCAGACCACCGGCCAUUCAAUGUAUGGCUAUCACAGUCACCAUAACCACCAGCAGCAUCAACAGUUACCGCCAUCGCAGCCUCGUCCUUCACAGCUCAGUGCUCACGACGUACAUCAUCAACGACCUGGCAGCCAGUCACAAAGUCAACCCCCUCAUCAUUCGCACCCAAACCCACAACCUCAUCAACUCUCUCAACAUGUCCAGUCGCACCCUUCUCAUCCGCUUUCCCACCACCAACUUCCCCCGUCACAAAUGCAACCUCCUUCACGUUCCAGGCAAGAUGACACACAGCCAGCAUCUGCUGGUGGUGUAACCUCAACACCCGCAGGGAAACCUCUUGGGAAUCCCCAGCAGAUAUUGAGCCCGUUCUCGAAAAUUGACGACGUGACUGGUCGCAAGUACCAUGACAUCGACCACUCCAUGUUUGUCCUCAACGUUGAUCUCUGGAAUGAAGACGGCACAAAGGAGGUCAACCUUGUUCGCUCCUCCACAGGCAGCCCUUCGAUCUCAUCGACUACACCUUACUCAUAUACCACCUUAAAUGGAGGUGAUACCGGGAUGGCCCCGUACACGCAACAUGUCCUUCCAUCUAAUCGCGACCAAUCGUACAAUACACCCCCCACUGUCGGUUACGGUCAGGACUAUCAGAUACAAGGUGGAUACGGCCAAGCGCCGCCCUAUCCUUCAAAUGGCUCAUAUGGCCCACCACAGCAAUAUUUCCCUCAUCACCAAUCAUACCGCCCUGAGGGGAAUGUCACACCUCUACCUUCACAGUCGAAUGUUUCUCCGUAUACUAGAAAUGGUUCUACCGGCCCAACGGGCUAUGUUCAAGACCAUAAUCCUAUGGCGAGGAUGGCAAUGGUUGGCGGACAGCCACAAGGCAUGUUUACUCGAAAUCUGAUCGGCAGCUUGGCAGCUAGUGCAUUCCGUCUUAGCGACACUCAUGAUCGUAUCGGAAUAUGGUUUGUUCUUCAAGAUCUCAGUGUCCGGACAGAAGGGCCCUUCCGCUUGCGGUUCUCUUUUGUAAAUGUCGGGCCGCCAGAUGGCACCCCUCGCGAUUCUGGUGCCCCAAAGAUCAACAAAAACAGGGCCCCAAUUUUGGCGUGCUGUUUUAGCGACGUGUUCAAUGUAUAUUCGGCCAAGAAGUUUCCCGGUGUUUGUGAAAGCACGCCAUUGAGCAAGACAUUUGCCACUCAAGGAAUUAAAAUACCAAUUCGAAAGGACUCGAAUGUCAAAGGUGGUGACGACGACGACUACGGCGACUAG